GAGGCUUUUGGCUUCGAAUGGGUCCCAUGCUCCCAUCCUGUCCUAAGGCGCGGCCCCAUCUCCAAGGGGCUUCUAACCAAUGGCAGCCAUGAGACUGGCCCUGUCGAGAACAAGCUCUCGACCGGGGUCUUUCGCCCAUGGCGUCGCGAGUAGGGCUCACCUCAGCUGAAAAUGCUCGCUGCUAGCUGUUCCUCUGGCGUCACUCCCCUCACUAGAUCAGGCUGGGCCGGGAACCCCCUCUGCAAAAGAUGGGUCGCCUGCCGGGGCUCGAAGCAGAUUGCAGUGCGAUCGUGGGGCGCUAGGUCCGCUUGGCCAGGGACACUGGCCUUCUACGGCACCCUUUCCAGUGCCUCUGACGCUUCCUGUCGACGUCCCGGGCUGAAAACAGGGGUCCCGAUCUUGCCAGUUUCCGCAACGUCGUACACCAGAGAGCAGCAGAGCCAGCCAGAUACGCUGGAGCACACCCCCCCUUCGGAAUGCCUGGGCCCGGAGCAAGCACUUUGUGAGCCAUUCUAUCUUCCCACCCCAACCCACAAAUCCGUUCGAUUCUACGGGCUCUAUGGCAUCCGUCCCGCCCGCGAUUGGGUUGGCAGCUUCAUCCACCGUGUAAUUAUGCCCUCCACCACGUACAGGCCGACGCACCAAGUUGCUCGGGUCCUUGUCUUCGGCCAGCUGCACUGCCCUCGCAGCCCACACACACUCCUCAAACUCAACGCGCUUCCUUGUCCGUCCCAUUUGCUGUACGAAGUGCGAAGUGCAAAGGCUUCCGGCAUCAUACGGCACUGGAGACCAUCCUAUCCAUGGCCAUCUGCGUACACAGUAUGUGACGCGAAUCACCAUAGUCUGACUGCAUGGGCCAUGGGAUCCUGUCCUUGUCCUCCUGGAAAUACGGCCAUGGAGCAUAGAGCAUGGGCCACUGACAUCCCAUGUCAUUCACCACAGUCGGCCAAUGUCCAACCCUGGCAUUCUGUGCCCCAAUCCAUCCUCCCUGGCUCCACCCUGAGGAAGCCACUCCUAAAAACCAAACGUCCUUGAGUGAAGCGCGCCGCCAAUGCCCACACCCGGAGCCGAAGCCACAGCUGUUCUCGAUUGGCGGACCCCGAAAGGAGGCUUGUCUGAACCCGCCCUUUCUCCUGCUUCGCGAACAGUCCAACCUGACCAAAAGGGCUUGCGACGAGGUGUGGAUGGGGGGUCUUGUUAGCCUCCAAUUCGCCCCAGAUGUCCAUCUAGCCAUGUCCUGCACUUGACUCGAUACAUGUCGUGCUCCUGGUCUCGACAUCCGACGCUGCUCAACCUACACUCACUCGGUUUGCUAUAACCAUAUAAGCUCGUGCCCCCAGCCCAGUUCCCGUCUCUUAUCAGAAUGUGCCUUGGCCCUUGAAGCUUUCGUCACCAAUUACGUGUGCCAGAAUCUCAAUCAAUCACACAAAAGUCUUCACUCUUCGUCAGUGAUGCUCAAGGGAGAAUCAUCACCAGAUCAAUUCCUCCGUCACGCAAACUCACUUUGGCUUCGGCGCCUCU